AAACGAGGAGUAAUGAACGUCAAUGGAACAUUACCAUACUUCCCCUACAGAGAUGAUGGAUUACUUAUUUGGAAUAAAGUUGGAAAACUUGCCAAGGAAUACGUAAACCUGUAAGCAACUAAAUAGUCAAUGUACACUUUGAAACUUUAUAACCGAUUUUAGUCAAACUUUCAAGCCCCAGUCAAACGAGAAUGAGAGUUGAUUAACCUCGUACCCAGGCUCGUUCAACUACGUUUGAUGAUGGUUACAACUAUGUUUUAACUUCAAUAAAAUACAUAAUAGUGUUGGGAAAGCAUCAUAAAACAGCUAACCACGGUCUCGAGAUUGCCAACUCUCCUGCACUAUCAUCCUCGUUUGAUUCGGGCAGUUUAGCUAUAAAAAUAAUUUCAUAAUAAGUUGAAAAAGAAAAUAUAAAGCGUUAAUUUAGUUACAUUUAUUGUUUUUUAGGUAUUAUACUAAAGCUCCUGAAAUAGAUAUAUCUGUCAAGUUUGAAUCUCUUAAAAUACCAUUAAUAUCUGCUCCGAUUUCCAUUAUAACUGACAUCGAAUUGCAAAGCUUUGCUUUGCAGUUAAACGUGACAAAUAUUGGACCAAUACCAUGUGGAAGGGUACGUCUGGCUGAUAUUUUUCCUUUUUUUUAAGUUAGGCUAAUGUUUUCCAGGAGUUAUUUAAGUAAGAUUCAAAUCAUAAACAAUACGUUGAAAUUAGUUUAACGCAGUCGCGAUGAGUUCUUGCCAUCCGGUCUAUUAAAAGCACAACUGACAUAAGGCAUGACCUUUGAGGCAUGACCUAAAAUUACAAAAAGUGACGAGACAUGCCUUUUAUUAUAAAAUUAGCCUUUCUCACUCCGCCAUUUUUGAGUGGCUUUCCAGCCGACGUCUGCGAGAUAAGUCUACAUAACAGCGACUUUUUAUAAUUUUUUGGACCAAUGAUUGGUAAAUUUGCUUUGUAAAUUGUUAGUUUAUUUUGAAAAAUUGCUUUUCACCUUGUUUUAAUUGUCUGUAUUGGUUAACGAGACUGAAUUAGAUGCCACCCAAAAAUGGCGGACAUUCGUCAACGUGAGAAAAGCUAUUUGGCAUAACUUGAUGUUAUUCGGCAAUUUACAAUUGCCCGACUGCAUGAUACCUUAGUUAUAGCUACAGCCCGCGUGUUAAACUAAACGCUUCUGUGGAGGAGAGAGUUCCAAUAUCUAGAAUAGGAGAACAUAUUUGCUCUGCUCAUAUAGUAGCUUCCUUUAUGUCGUUUUAAAUCUUACUAUUAAAGUUUGAUAAAUAAUAUUAAUUUAGCACGUUACGAUUUGUUAAUUUUUUCAAUAUUAUCAAUUGCCAAGAGAGGACUAAAGUUAUUUCUUUUCAGUUUAAAGAUUUUCCGUGGGCGAUUACAACACAUGAGCAACUUGUUGACAUCGUGAAACGAAUCCUGUUCAUUCCCAUUCAGCACAGUGCUAUCAACUACCCAGUGUCUUACUAUGGAGCGUCUACAGCCAACAUGCCAACCAAGCUUUAUUAUCCUGACACACAGGAUUUCAGCAUUCAUAAUUUGCCAAUUUAUAACAUUGCUUCG